AUACAGAGUCUAAUGUUUAUGGAGCUGUCAUCUUUUGAACAAUGUUAUCAUGGAGACCAUAAAAGCAUCCUGUCAAACGUAAACAUUUUGACAAAAGUUGAAAUCUGCGUUGGUCGCUGAAAGAGACUAAUUGAAAUGGAGAAACUUCGUCUGGAAGAGAAGGCUGGUGUUAGCGACACUGUGACGUCGCUGGAGGAGAACCAAAUCUGCACGAACCCAGGUGAAGCCGCGGACGAUCCCAGCAAUGGACAGCAGGCUCAGCCCACCAAGAGCCUGCAGAAAAAACUUUGUUGUGACAAAUGUCUGAAACAUUUCAGCCGGAAGGCACACCUGAAAAUUCAUCAACUCAUUCACACUGGAGAAAAGCCCUAUCUCUGUAACCAGUGUGGAAGGCGUUUCAUUCAGAAAGGUUAUUUUAAUAUUCAUCUGCGAAGACACACUGGUGAAAAGCCUUAUAAGUGCAAUCGGUGUGAGAAGAGGUUCACAGAUUCCUCUGGGCUAAAGCGUCAUCAGCGAAGCCACACUGAUGAAAAGCCUUACAGCUGCAGCCGUUGUGAGAGGAGAUUCAAAGAUUCCUCUGGGCUAAAGCGUCAUCAGCAAAGCCACACUGAUGUAAAGCCUUACAGCUGCAGUCGUUGUGAGAAGAGAUUCAAAGAUUCCUGUGGGCUAAAGAGUCAUCAGCGCAGCCACACUGGUGUAAAGCCUUAUGGGUGUGGUCAGUGUGACAAGAGAUUCAAAGGUUCCUCUGGGCUAACGGCUCAUCAGCGAAGCCACACUGGACAAAAAGCCUCAUCCACAGAAAUGGAGAAACUCCAACUGGAAGAGAAGUCUGGCGCUAGCAGCACUGUGACAUCACUGGAAGAGAACAAAAUCUGCACGAACUCAGUUGAAGCCGCGGACGAUCCCAGCAAUGGACAGCAGGCUCAGCCCACCCAGAGCCUGCAGAAGAAACAUCGUUGUGACAAAUGUCUGAAACAUUUCAGCCGGAAGGGGAAUCUGAAAAUUCAUCAACUUAUUCACACUGGAGAAAAGCCCUAUCUCUGUAACCAGUGUGGAAAGCGUUUCAUUGAGAAAGGUUAUUUUAAUAUUCAUCUGCGAAGACACACUGGUGAAAAGCCUUACAAGUGCAAUCGGUGUGAGAAGAGGUUCACAGAUUCCUCUGGGCUAAAGCGUCAUCAGCGAAGCCACACUGAUGAAAAGCCUUACAGCUGCAGUCGUUGUGAGAAGAGAUUCACACGUUCCUCUGGGUUAAAGAUUCAUCAGAACAGCCACUCUGGUGAAAAGCCUUACAACUGCAAUCAUUGUGAGAAGAGAUUUAAAGAUUCCUCUGGCCUAAGGCGUCAUCAGCGCAGCCACACUGGUGAAAAGCCUUACCGCUGCAGUCAUUGUGAGAAGAGAUUCACACAUUCCUCUGGCCUAAAGAUUCAUCAGCGAGGMCACACUGGUGAAAAGCCUUAUAGUUGUGAUCAGUGUGAGAAGAKAUUCAAASRUUCCUCUGGSCUAAAGAKUCAUCAGCGARGMCACACUGGUGAAAARCCUUAUAGUUGUGAUCAGUGUGAGAAGAKAUUCAAAGVUUCCUCUGGSCUAAAGAGUCAUCAGCGAAGCCACACUGGUGAAAARCCUUAUAGUUGUGAUCAGUGUGAGAAGAGAUUCAAAGGUUCCUCUGGGCUAAAGGCUCAUCAGCGAAACCACACUGGACAAAAAGCCUCAUCCACAUAAAAAAGAAGCAACAUCUGCAACUGUGAGGGAAUUUCUUUCUCUCCUCCUCUCUUCUGUCUCUACGGCGACAACAGUCGAUGCUGUCUGUAACAUUUAUAUCAAUAAUAAUAACAAGCAAGCAAAUAAACUGUUUUGUUGUGUA